AUGAAGAAGGAAGAGGAAGGGGAAGAAGGAAGAAGAAAGAAAAGGGUAGAAGAGGGAAGAGGAGGAGGAAGAAGAAGAAGGGGAAGAAGAGGAGAAGAUGAGGAAAAUGAGGAAGAAGGGGAAGAAGAGGAAGAAGGGGAAGAAGAGGAAGAAAGGAGGAAGGGGAAGAAGGGGAAGAAGAGGAAGAAGAGGAGGAAGGGGAAGAAGGGGAAGAAGAGGAAGAAGAGGAGGAAGGGGAAGAAGGGGAAGAAGAGGAAGAAGAGGUGGAAGGGGAAGAAGGGGAGGAAGAAGAGGAAGAAGAGGAAGAAGGGGAAGAAGAGGAAGAAGGGGAGGAAGAAGAGGAAGAAGAGGAAGAAGGGGAAGAAGAGGAAGAAGAUGAGGAAGGGGAAGAAGAGGAGGGAGGGGAAGAAGUGA